GAACCCUAAUCAAACUGACCGAUUACACAAGCUCUGCAGCCCAGCAGGGUGUCUGUUUGGACACACCCUGCUACUACACCCUUGUGGCUCCACAUCCCAUCUACUGGGUAACUGAAAAUGGCUUUGACAAAAGAGAAGAGAAUUGAGGUCAUUUUGAUGUCUGGAGAAUGAAGUUUCCAUAUCAUGGCUGCAGGGCCGUUUCUAGCCAAUUUGGCUCCCAGUGCGAGAUUUAAAAAUGCCCCCCCCCCCUCCCAUUCACAUAAAAAAAAAUGCGCCCCCCCCCCCAUAGAUAUAAAGAGUAAAACCAUGCGCGCGCGCUCCCGGCAAGGGGGCGUGGCCUCGUUAAAACGGGCGUGGCUUUGUUAAGAUGGGCGUGGCCUCAUCCGAUCUCAUCAUCACGGCCACCACAGGAUAAAAAAAAAAAGUCCUCAUUUUACACAUUACAGCAGGCACGCGACCCCAUUUUACACAGCACGGCAGGCAAGUGUCCCCAUUUUACACAGCACGGCAGGCAAGUGUCCCCAUUUUACACAGCACGGUAGGCAAGUGUCCCCAUUUUACACAUUGCGGCAGGAAAGAGUCUCCAUUUUACACAUUGCGGCAGGCACGUGCCCACAUUUUACACAUUGCGGCAGGAAAGUGUCCCCAUUUUACACAUUGCGGCAGGCACGUGCCUCCAUUUUACACAGUACAACAGGCAAGUGUCCCCAUUUUACACAUUGUGGCAGGCACGUGUCCCCAUUUUACACAUUGCGGCAGGCACAUGCCUCCAUUUUACACAGUACAACAGGCAAGUGUCCCCAUUUUACACAUUGUGGCAGGCACGUGCCCCCAUUUAACACAUUGCGGCAGGCACGUGCCCCCAUUUUACACAUUGCGGCAGGAAAGUGUCCCCAUUUUACACAUUGCGGCAGGAAAGUGUCCCCCUUUUACACAUUGCGGCAGGCACGUGCCUCCAUUUUACACAUUGCGGCAGGCACGUGCCUCCAUUUUACACAGUACAACAGGCAAGUGUCCCCAUUUUACACAUUGUGGCAGGCACGUGUCCCCAUUUUACACAUUGUGGCAGGCACGUGCCCCCAUUUUACAAAUUGCGGCAGGCACGUGCCCCCAUUUUACACAUUACGGCAGACUGCAUCCCCAUUUUACACAUUCCGGCAGGCACGUGCCCCCAUUUUACACAUUGCGGCAGGAAAGUGUCCCCAUUUUACACAUUGCGGCAGGAAAGUGUCCCCCUUUUACACAUUGCGGCAGGCACGUGCCUCCAUUUUACACAUUGCGGCAGGCACGUGCCUCCAUUUUACACAGUACAACAGGCAAGUGUCCCCAUUUUACACAUUGUGGCAGGCACGUGCCCCCAUUUUACACAUUGCGGCAGGCACGUGCCCCAUUUUACACAUCACGGCAGACUGCAUCCCCAUUUUACACAUUCCGGCAGGCACAUGCCCCCAUUUUACACAUUGCGGCAGGAAAGUGUCCCCAUUUUACACAUUGCGGCAGGAAAUUGUCCCCAUUUUACACAUUGUGGCAGGCACGUGCCCCCAUUUUACACAUUACGGCAGACUGCAUCUCCAUUUUACACAUUCCGGCAGGCAAGAGUCCCCAUUUUACACAUUCUGGCAGACAGGUGUCCCCAUUUUACACAGUACGGCAGGUGGUGGUGGUGAGGAGGGAGGGAGAGAGAGAGAGGGAGAGGGGCUGACUUACACUUGAAGCGGUUCUUCCCGCUCUUCAGCCGCCUCUCCCUCGUCUGCGCGGCGCCGCGGCUUGGCUCCCCCUUCUCCCGAGUUCCCAGCUCGGGGGGCGGGUUU